GUCAACGGAGUUCUCAGCCCCGCCAAGCCCUUCCGAGUGAGUUCUCAUGCAAGCAAGGUGCUCUACAAGUUCAGUACUAGUACUCUGUGUAUUGCGACGAUGAUGUUGGACUCAUCUUUGGCGAUCAGCAAAACGGCAGCCGCACGAAUGCCCCAACAACCACAACCCAGCGGCUUGUUCUGUACUCCUCUGUUUGGAUCGUCACGACUCGGCAUCAAGCCAUUCUGGCUCUUUCUCAUUCUUUCUAUUCUUUUGCUCAACAAUAACAACAGCAUGGCCGCCACAGCUCCCCAUGAUCCAGAAGCUGAUGAGCAUGCUUCCACAACACACUAUCAAGUGUUGCAAGUCACGCCCUCUGCGACACUGCAAGAAAUCAAAAAGUCGUAUCGAAAACUCGCACUCUUGCACCACCCCGAUCGCAAUCCUCCCGAGAAAAAGGAAGAAGCGACAGUGCUGUUUCGUCGGGUCAAUGAAGCCUACGAAGUACUGAGUGAUCCCGAACAACGACGACAGUACGAUCUAGAAUUAAAGGGUGGACGAACAUCCGCGUUUCAUCAUGGAUCGUCCAGUGGCAGCAAUCCUGCAUUUCAUCAUCAUCAUCGGCAUCGUCGUCAUAACUAUCGUGAUCCAUUCAUGCAAUUCAAUGAUUUGUUCCAGAAUGAUCCCUUCUUUCAAGAAGCAUUCAAAGACAUGGACGAUCUCUUUGCCAAGACGUUUCAAGCACAACAUCCUUCUCAACAAUCACAGCAACAGCAUCAACAGCAACAACGAGCCUUUGGAGUUGUCGACAACAGCAAGAAACAACAACCCAAAAGUUGGGGUCGUUGGAUUGCCGAUUGUCUCGGCAUUGAUUUCCAAAUACAAACAUCGACCACUACUAUUGGACCCGAUGGACGACCCCAAACGUCAUCCACGCAAACAUCCUAUGGCAAUAGUCGGCGACGACAACACUCGACGUAUACUUCCAAAAGUACACGCACCGUCAUUGAAAAUGGACGACGCGUUACCAUUCAAUCUCUGGAAAAGGAUGGAAACAAAAUUGAAGAAAAAUACGUCAACAAUGAACUGGUACAACGACUCAUCAAUGGAGUGCCGGAACAGCAAUAUCGAAUUGAUACCGGACGAACGGAUUUGUAAGUAGUUGUUGUUAAGUAUUAUUAUUAUUAUAAGUCUUGAGAGCUUCGUAUAUCAUAUACUUGGGCA